UUGCAAUAAAAGUCAGUUAAUUAUUAGAUUCUUUUUCCAGGGUUUAAAUUGCUAUUUAUGCUUCUAUACUUGUGAUUGAUCUCAAAUAUUUCUUACUAUUCUGAUUAGCUAAACAAACAAAUGAAGGAAGAGUUACGUAAAUUGUACGGAAUAGUACAAAACAUCCCUACAUCCAUCGAACCAGCUCCAAUUAUUGUUUGUGGGGAAAUAGACUAGAGUAGAAAGGGUUCAUUUUCAAAUGUGUUGAAGAUGGCUUAUUAAUUUUCGAUUUAACACUAACCGUCCUACUAUAUCAAAAUGGUUUUAAAGGCUGCUGUCAAUUUCUUCUCUAACGCCAGGAAAUAUGCUGUUGUUGGUGCUUCAGCUAACCCAGAUAAAUUUGGAUUCAAGGUUUUACAAUGGUAUAUCAACAAUAAGCUACCUGUAGUUCCUAUUAACCCAGUUACAAAUUCAAUUUUGGGGAUUGACUGCGAGAAAUCAAUCACUGAAUUAAUUCAAAAGAAAGAAUUUGAGGAUGGGAUAAGUAUUUCAUUUGUCACUCCUCCAAAUGUAACCCUUAGUAUUUUGAAAGACCUCCAUGAAAAAUUUAAAGAUAGCUCAAGCUUAAUUAAAGCUGUUUGGCUUCAACCAGGUACUUUUAACGAUAAAGUUCUUGAUUAUGCUAAGAACAAAAUCAAAAUCGAAAAUGUUAUUGCUGAUGGGUUAUGUGUUAUGGUUCUUGGUCAAGAAGUUUUAGAUCAACAGAGAAACAAUUGA